AGUUGACAUUAUUAUGACAAUUAAUUAAGUGUCACUUAUGUGCAGUGUUCCUGAAAAAAAAUAAAACAAUUUUUAAAUUUUUGACAAACCUAAAAAUAGAUUUGCCUUUAAAACCCGGCAAAGCCCUUUAACUGAUCACUUGCAAUCUAACCUAAAAUGUAUCACAGUUAAAUUCUCCCAAAUAAAAUAAGGACCAAAAUAUCCUGGAAGCCUGAAAAGUACAAACUAAAUCAUCCCAAGCCAAGCACAGUUCUCAGGAAAUCACUAUGGUUCGAUAUUCAACCGCUUUAUCCCACAUAUUUUUAGCCGGAAUAAGCAUUUACUGUUGGAAGAAUGUCAACAGAGAUUGGCCAUUUCCCCAAGUUGCUUUUGGGAUUAUUGCCUUCCAUUCCCUACUCGGAGUCUGGAAAUGGGGUAAUCCGACCUAUGGCCAGAAAAUAGACCGACUCUAUGGAUUAACCACGACCCUACAAGACUUACUAGUACUUCCUUGCAUAGUAACCACUUUAUGGCUGAAAUACAGCUAUUCAUUGAACUUUGUUAUCUCUCAUUCAACUCUCACCUUAUUACCCUUGGCCCUUUUACUCCAAAGUCACCAAAAAUUUGAUGUUAUUGAUGUCUUUCUAUUGGGCAAUGUGCUCUCGAGUUUUGUGGUCUCUUAUUUUAAUGACAACCAGUUUGGGGUGAGUGUAACCCUUUCUUAUAUUCUCAGCUAUUUUAUUAUUAAACGAGACAUGAUUAAUAGUUUACCCAUGGAUGUUCCUAUACAAGAUUUAUUUAACUAUUCAAUGUGUUUUUUUUGUUAUUUUGCUUUAAAGGCUGUGCAGCAGCCUUUUUAUGAGUAUUAAGGUCUAAAAGGGUCAGGACUUACGCAGGGAUCCGAGAAUAAUUGACUGAUUUCAUUACAUUUUCUUUAUUAUUAAAUGUUCUCUAAAAUGACUUAAGAAGUUAUGAAACAACUGAAAUGUAUGAUGACCAAUAAUUAUUAAAAAAAAAAAAUUUUUUUUUGGAUUAUAAUGUGGCAUAUUAAUUCAAAGAAAUCACCUCAUAUAGUAGAGGUUAGCUGUUGUUGAAAAUUAAAAAAAAAAAUCAUUAUUAUAUAGACAAAUUUUCUCAAUGUUAAAAGAUAGCUAUUAAUGUUUAAUCUUGAUGUGAUAAAUGUUGAGCUUAACUGAUAAAUGUUGCAUUUGAUAUUUUUUGGUUAGGGCUAUCAUUGGCACUUCUUCCACUUAUAAUCUCGCCCAUUUUAUUUAACCCUGGAAUACUAUCGCUAAGUCAUGGGCUGCUAAUAGUAUUGCUAUGUAAAAUUUAUGUAUAUAUUAAAAUACUGUUUUUAUAGAUAUAUAUUGAACAUAAAAUUUAUAAACGUGGACAAAAAAGGUAGAAAACACUAAAAACAUUAUUGACAUAUUUCAAUUUGAAGCUCUUCACAAAUAGGUUUUUUGCAUUUGGGAUAGUAGGUAACUCUCAUACGUCUCUUAGCUAAAGGACAAGUUGAACAAUUUUUUCUCUUUGGUUAUCCUCUGCAAUAGGUUCUAUAUAUUUUUCUUGUUCCAAAACUUUUUCAAUUGUUCUCUUUAAGCUUCGAUUAAUGUUGGGUGUACUUUGCAACCGAAAUAUUUGUUGUGACUUAUGAAGUUUAGUCAUAUAUAAGUUUGUCUACAUAAUGGUUUUUCCCCCUUGCCAAAUAAUAUUCUGAAAAUAUAUAUCAGAUGAGUUAAUUCAUUAACUUCGUUGCCAAAUAAUAUUCUGAAAAUAUAUUACAUACGAGUUAAUUCAUGCCAUGUUAAUCAUGUUAUAAAAACAAAAACUCAAAGGUCAUCGUCUAGUUUUACGGUUAGCACACAUAUUUUGGCACAUUUAAUCAAAGGUAUCAACUGACCCUUUAGUUGAGUUGUAAGUUUCUAGAAGAAAGAAAAUGUGCUAUAUUACGUAAGACAACAAAAUCUUGUGUACAAGCAUCCUAAAAACUAAAAAAUUCCAAAUUCACUUUAAAUUUCAAACAAACAUAACUUCUAAAACACUUUACCAUAAAAUUUACACACAUUACCAAAAUUAGUCAUAAACAGAUUGAGAAAAAAAAGCAUCUUUUUGAUAAAUUUCAUUAAAAAAUAAGUAAAGCUGUCAAUAAAACAGAAUUUAGAAGAAGUAAUUUACAUUAUUUAACAGGAAACAAAACUAAAACACUAAAAUGAUGUCAGAGCACAGGUUAAAAGGUAUCAUUAAAAAAAUCGUCAAGGCUAUAAUAUGCCCUGGAUAAUAAAAGUGAUUUUAAUUCCUUUUUGAAUCUCUUAACUUCUAAAAUUUGUCUGAUACAUAGAGGAACAUGGUUGUAAAUUUUUUUGCUGAGGUAUAUAAGUGAGUUCUUCGUGAGGGAGGAUGUAGGGAUUGGUAAGGGAAAAUCGUUAACCUGGCGAGUCAUAUGACCAGUGUUAGAGGGAGGUUUAGGACAUUUAUGAAUAAGAGUAGCUGUUUCUAAGAUAAAAAGAGAAAAAAGAGUUAGGAUUUUUUGAGAUAUAAAGAGAGGUUUACAAGAAUCUCUUAACCCAGCAGAACAUAGGUAUCUAACUGCCUUUUUUUGAAUCACAAAAAUUAUGUUUAAUAAUCCCUUGUUGCUUAAACCCCAAAAAGGCAAGCCAUAACGAAGGUGGGACUCAAUAAGAGAAAAGUACACUGAACGUGCAACUACCCCUCCCAGCUCAUGCCCCGCCAUUCUUACUGCAAAGCAUCCAGAGGAUAAUUUUGAUGCAAGAUUUAGGAUAUGAUCUUCGAAGCGAAGGCGACCAUCAAUGGUAAUACCAAGGAUCUAUAGUAUCUAGCUUUUUUGAAUCAGGUUUAAUUUUUUUAAUUCUAGUUUCAACUUGUCAUUCGUUUUUAUUUUCUUUAUUAUUUGUAGUAGCAGAUGGGCUUUAUUCUUCCGAAUGGUGCCCACUACCGUAAGAUACUAAUCUACUAAUGCCACAGACGUAAACCAAUUAUCCAUGGUACGUUUCUGUAGUUCCAUGAAUAGGCUUCGUAAGCUGCUCCACAAAAAAAAUCAACUAUUGGUUUACCAUAUGUAUUUGUUGAUUUACCCAGAUAUGGUGAGGCGUUGAUUAAAUAUUUCGUCACCUCAUCACAAAGCAUUACAAUUUUUAGACCAUACUUUAAUGGUUAUUUGAACUUGAAGUUUAUUUGAAAUGUACAUCCUGAAAGGACAUUUUCGUCUAAACCCUACUAAUUGUACGUGCCUGGUUUGUAACUAUUUCAAUUCAAAGCGUCCCUUGCUAGAAAAAGUUUUAUCAAAGCAAACUUUUGUUGAUAAGUGGUUGUCUUUUAAAGCAGCAGAAAGUAUGUAUGGACCCAAAAGCGAUUUAAGUUCCGCCAGAUUUGUUUCAGAUACAGUUUCUGAUGCCACUUUAUAAUUUUUAUUUUGUCUUAUAAUUUUCUGAUUUGUGUAAAAUAAGACUUUUUUUUCAAAGAGAAAUCAGGAGCAAAAUUAGGUUCGGCUAAGCUAUCGUCAGAGUCACUACUCCGGUACAACAGCUCUUCCAGGUUGUUUAUCUGUUAAACUUUUCUGAGAUAUUUUUUGGUAAUCUAAUACUGCUUAUCAUUAUUACCACGUCAAAAUUACGUACUAAAUAAAAUACGAUUAUUACCAUUGCUACGUAAAAAAUACGUGCCGGCUUUUAGAAAUUCGGCUACAACCAAUACUGUAAAUACUCAGAUCAAACUAGCACAACUGAGCCCUACUGAGCGCUAAGGUGGGAGAAGGUAAUAAAAUUGAAGUGACACGCUAAACAGUGCUGUCCGCACGUAAAUAUUACGUACAAUAGCAUUCCAGGGUUAAUUGUUAAUUUCAAAUUACUAUAAGCCAAGACAUAAUCCAAAUGUGUAAUCGGUGUACCUUUUAAAGUGACUAAAUAUUUAUUUAUUGAGUCUUCAUAUCACCUCUUAUUUACAGUAACGUCGUCUAUUUUUAUAUAUAAGAAAUUUUGAAAAUAUAUAAUAUAUGUACUAUAUUUUAUUAAAUGUAUAUUGUUUAUUUAUUUGUUUUACAAAAUAUACGAAAUAUUGAUGGAGA